CCCACAAUGCAUUGCGCAAAACAAGAUAACAAACAUGGCGCCGCUUCCGUAGUAGCUGUGCUUUUAAACUUUCGUCCUUUUUUUCCCUGGCGGUAUACAUCCGAGAUUUCCAUAUUAGCAUUAACAUUCCGUUCAUGAACCAAGACCAACAUACUUGACGGGCUCAUUGGUUAGCAGUUUUUCAUUGUAAAGUCGCGCGUGAGCGGUCUGUCACGUUCGACGUCGGUCAGUAAAUCCAAUUGAAAUAUCGCAGCUGCCUCUUGAGCCAUGAAGGAGGAUUUAAUUCUGGUUCAGAGACUGAACGCGCAUCCGGACUCUCGGUGCUGGUUCGUUGGCUGGAGUCCAAACGGGAGUCUGCUGGCCUCGUGUGGGGGCGACAAGGCCAUCCGGAUCUGGGGACGAGAGGGUGACUCAUGGGUCUGUAAGGGCGUGCUGGAGGACGGGCACCAGCGCACCGUGAGGAAGUUGGCGUGGUCUCCGUGUGGGAACUAUCUGGCCUCUGCUAGCUUUGAUGCCACUACGUGCAUCUGGAAGAAGAAAAAUGAAGAAUUUGAGAGCUUGACCGUGUUGGAGGGCCAUGAGAAUGAGGUGAAAUGUGUGGCUUGGGCCCCUUCAGGCAACCUGCUGGCGACAUGCAGCCGGGACAAAAGCGUUUGGGUUUGGGAAGUGGAUGAGGAUGACGAUUAUGAGUGUGUUACCGUACUGAACUCCCACACGCAGGAUGUCAAACAUGUUGCGUGGCACCCAACGCAGGAACUUCUGGCCUCGGCGAGCUACGACAACAACAUCUGUAUUUACAAGGAGGUGGACGACGACUGGGAGUGUCAGGCCACACUGCAGGGCCACACAUCCACCGUGUGGAAUCUGUCCUUCAGCGCCACCGGAGAGAGGCUGGCGUCAUGCAGCGAUGAUCGCACCGUGAAAAUUUGGAAGGAAUAUCCCACUGAAAGUGGUCAAGGGGACGUGUCGUGGAAGUGUGUGUGCACGCUGUCUGGCUUUCAUGGGCGUGCAGUGUAUGACAUUGACUGGUGUCGUCUCACUGGCGCCCUGGCAACUGCCAGCGGUGACGACGCAGUCAGAGUGUUUAAGGAGGAGGCGUCGCCCGACUCCGACCAGCCGCUCUUCUCGCUGGCCGCACACAUGGCCAAAGCUCACAGCCAGGAUGUCAACAGUGUGGCGUGGAAUCCAAAAGAAGCGGGACUGCUGGCUUCCUGUAGCGACGUCGGAGACAUCGCCAUCUGGAGGUUCCAAGAGCAGGACUGAACGUGGUUGACAUUUCUGUCGUGACCUCUUGUUGAGCCAAAGUCACCCUGACAACUGUGUGCUUUCAGCUCUCAUUUAUCUUUAUCAUGAAUGUACUUCUGGAGUAAAAAAAGAAAAUGUGGGGUCCGUUUGUUGAGGUUCCAAAUGUUUAUAUAAAGGCUCACGGGAACACAACUAAAAGGCUUUUUUUUGUUUAUUGCAAAACUCAAUCAGGACAGCUUAUUAAAAACACAUGGACUGGUCAAAAUUAACUAUUUUAGUCACUGACUGUACUAACUUUGACUUAUUGUGGCAAGACAAUGUUGACAGGCAAAGACAAGAAGUGCCUACAAGUAAUAUGAAAUCUGAAUGAUUCUGUCUUACUAAACUAAAAAUAUUCACUUUUUCUGGAUGAGUGUAAUAAAGCUGACCUAAACAGA